AUGGCGAGUACCUGGUUAAAAUGGCAAGUGAUCACCUGCAUUAUAUCGAGCUGUGUUUGGGAUCGGGUGGCCGGCCAGAUUCGGUACUCGAUUCCCGAAGAACUGAAGCACGGGGCGUUCGUUGGGAAUAUCGCCGACGAUUUGGGAUUGAAUGUGAGAGAACUGUCUGCUCGCAGGUUCCGCAUCGUGCCCGGUGCCAACACGCAGUUCCUGGAGGUGAACCUAGAGAAUGGAGUCCUCUUCGUGAAUGAGAAGAUGGACAGGGAGCAGCUGUGUGAUCUGAGCACCAGCUGCUUCCUGCAUUUGGAGAUUGUGAUUGAAAACCCACUGGAGCUGUACCGAGUGGAAGUGGAGAUCCUGGAUGUGAAUGACAAUUCUCCCGGGUUCCCGUGGAGGGAGUUCCGUUUGGAAAUCGCCGAGUCGGUGGCUGUCGGGGCGCGUUUCCCGCUGGAGAGCGCGCACGAUCCCGAUGUAGGCACCAAUUCUCUCCAAACCUACCGGCUCAGCCCUAACCCGUACUUCAGCCUGGAGGUGCAGACCCGCAGCGAGCGCAGGAAAUUCCCGGUACUGGUGCUGGACAUGCCUCUGGACCGGGAGAACCAAGCUCUCCACCAGUUGGUGCUGACUGCCCUGGACGGUGGAUUCCCAGAGAGAUCCGGUACCGCUCUGCUCACCGUGGUCGUCCUUGAUGUUAACGACAACGCGCCGGUCUUUGACCAGGCUGUGUACACGGUCUGCCUGGUGGAGAACGCUCCGAUAAAUACGUUGGUGAUUAAACUUAACGCCACCGAUUUGGACCAAGGCUCAAAUGGAGAGGUGACUUAUUCCUUUAGUCACCAUGCGCCAGCGAGAUUGCGCCAACUAUUCCGGGUAGAGCCCCAAACCGGCGAAAUUCGGGUCCAAGGGGUGGUGGAUUAUGAAGAGGCGAGCGUUUAUGAGAUUUAUAUCCAGGCCAAGGAUAACGGUCCCCACACAGCGGCUGUGCAUUGCACUGUUGUGGUGGAGGUUAUUGAUGUCAAUGACAAUGCCCCCGAGGUCACCCUCACUUCUGUGUCCAGCCCGGUCCGGGAGGACGCUUUACCGGGGACUGUCAUCGCCCUGAUCAGCGUCAGCGACCGGGAUUCUGGCGCUAACGGGAAAACCAGCUGCCACAUCCCGGCUCAGGUCCCCUUCAAACUCCAAUCCUCUUUCACGAACUAUUACACUCUGGUCACCAGCGAGAGGCUGGACCGUGAAAGCGUGCUGGAGUAUAACGUGAGUUUAACAGUCACCGACUCCGGCUCCCCUCCCCUUUCCACCGUCAAAACCAUCCCGGUGAAGGUUUCCGAUGUGAACGACAACGCGCCCCGUUUUGCACAUCCUUCCUACACGGUUUACCUGAUGGAGAAUAACGCGCCGGGCGCUUCUAUCUGCUCAGUGUCUGCCCUGGACCCAGACCUUGAGCAGAACGCCUAUGUGUCCUAUUGCAUCUUAAACAGCAAAGUCAGGGGCACCCCCAUCUCCACGUAUGUCUCCAUCAACCUGAACACGGGCAAUCUGUACGCACUGCGUUCCUUUGACUACGAGCAACUGAAGAAGUUUCAGGUGUUUGUUCAAGCUUGGGACGCCGGCUUCCCGUCUCUUCACAACAACGUGACGGUGAACGUGAUCAUCCUGGACCAGAACGACAAUGCGCCGGCCAUCGUAUCCCCGCUGCCCCUGAACGGAUCGGCUGAGAUGGUGCCCCGUUCCGCCGAUCCCGGUUACCCGGUGGUCAAGGUGACGGCGGUGGACGCCGAUUCGGGCCAGAACUCGCGGCUCUCUUACCAGCUAUACCGAGCCACCGAACCCGGUCUGUUCAGCAUCGGCCCGUUCACCGGGGAAAUCCGCACGAGCCGCCGCUUUGAAGAGCACGACUCCCACAAGCACAGGCUGGUGGUUCAUGUUACAGACCACGGGAAGCCACCGCUUUCCAGCUCGGUCACUAUUAAUGUCUUCAUCGUUGACAGUCUGCCGGAGAACUUCUCAGAUUUGACCGAGGGACCCCAGGGCAUCGAACACUUCUCGGAGUUCAACCUUUAUUUAAUCGUCUGUCUGGGCUCCAUCUCCUUCGUGUUCCUGGUGGCCAUUAUCGCCUUGAUCUCUAUUAAGUGUCACAGAAGGAGCAGACACGGGACCCUGGGCAGGCGCUGCUCUCUGAGCGCCUGUUGUUGCUGCCGUUCCGGGCCAUCCCGCUGCUGUCUCCGGAGAAAGCCCUCCCGGGCCGUUCUCAACAACUCUCACACCAACUUCCAACUGCCUCCUAGUGUCAAAGGGCCGCCCAGCUGUAUGGAGGUAGGCGGCAGCCGUUCUCUUUCCCAAACCUAUUGCUACAAAGUGUGUUUGAGUCCCGAAUCGGCUAAGACCGACUUAAUGUUCCUCAAACCGUACAUUUCACCACCUCCCGCCGCGGGUAGUAACUCGAAACCUGCUAACCCCUACGUGAGUGCGUGGAGGAGGCAAAUCUCAGGUGGGGCAAACGUAGCAACAAAUGGAUCUAGCGAGGUGAGUACCUAG